GCUUAAUUAAGAGCACCUGUCACAUUCUGUAUGUAGGCUGGGUUCUUAACUUUGUUUUGAUACGUUACAGUGGAUUGCUAACAGCUAGCUCGCCAAGCUAAUUUAGCAUUCGCGUUAAGUGAGUAGGCUUCAAGAAAGGUCACAUAAGGAGGAUGGCAUCGAGCGGUACGAGCAGCGAGGAGGAGCGCAGCCUCCGAGAGUGUGAGCAGUAUGUUCAGAAACAUAACAUCCAGCAGCUGCUUAAGGACUGCAUCGUCCAGCUGUGCACAGCCCGGCCUGAGAGGCCGAUGGCCUUCCUCAAGGAACACUUUGACAGACUGGAGAAGGAGGAGGCCCAGCAGAUGGCGCUGCAGCAGAAGUCCAGCGUGCGGUCAGACUCUCGCGAGGACGAAGUGUCUCCUCCCAUGAACCCUGUGGUGAGGGGUCGAAGCCGGAGAGGAGCCAUCAGUGCUGAGGUGUACACAGAGGAAGAUGCUGCCUCCUAUGUCAGAAAGGUCAUCCCCAAAGACUAUAAGUCCAUGGCGGCCCUGUCAAAAGCCAUGGAGAGGAACGUGCUGUUUGCCCACUUAGACGACAAUGAGAGGAGUGACAUUUUCGACGCUAUGUUUUCUGUCAACUACAUUGCUGGAGAAACAGUCAUCCAACAAGGUGAUGAGGGAGACAACUUCUAUGUUAUCGACCAGGGAGAGAUGGAUGUUUAUGUGAACAACGAGUGGGUGACCAGCAUCGGCGAGGGGGGCAGCUUUGGAGAGCUGGCUCUGAUCUACGGGACCCCUCGAGCUGCUACGGUCCGGGCCAAGUCCAACGUGAAGCUGUGGGGCAUCGACAGAGACAGCUACAGGAGAAUUCUGAUGGGGAGCACACUGAGAAAGCGUAAGAUGUAUGAGGAGUUCCUCAGCAAGGUGUCUAUUCUAGAGUCUCUGGAUAAGUGGGAGCGGCUGACAGUGGCUGACGCCUUGGAGACGGUGCAAUUCCAGGACGGUCAGAAAAUCGUGGUGCAGGGAGAGCCUGGUGACGAGUUCUUCAUCAUACUGGAGGGGACAGCCGCGGUGCUGCAGAGACGAUCAGUGGAUGAGGAGUUUGUGGAGGUGGGCAGACUUGGACCAUCAGAUUACUUUGGUGAGAUCGCCCUGCUGAUGAACCGGCCGCGUGCCGCCACUGUCGUUGCGUGCGGACCCCUGAAGUGUGUGAAACUGGACCGUCCGCGGUUCGAGCGAGUCCUGGGUCCCUGCUCAGACAUCCUGAAGAGAAACAUCGAGCAAUACAACAGCUUUGUUUCCCUCUCCGUCUGAGCCCUCCAAGCACUCUGGCUCUUCUUUCUUCUUCUGCAGGGUCCACCAACACAGAUCUGCUUUAUUUUCCUACUUUCACUCCUCUGAUCACUUAAAACACAGCUUUUACUCUUUAUUUUUUAUGUAUUUUAUUUUUGCUUAUAUAUUCAGAUGCCUAUAUACUGCAUACACUCUGAACAUAUAUAUGAAAUGAAUUGUAGCUGUAGGUUUGUUUGGCUGUGCAUUCACACUGAGCGGCUAGUCAGGAGAUCAGGUGUAACAGCUGUGAAAGUCCAGAGGGCAUUUUAAAACAUAUUGAUUACACAGCUGUUCACAAGUUAAUAUGUAGAUCACUUAAAUGUGGAAAAACUAAUAUGAGCAACAGUAUAGAUGGUCACAAUAAAAUGUGUGUGACAGCUGACAGUAUAUAAUAAUGGGAUUGCAUAUGGAGACAGUGGAAGCUAAUGGUUUCCACAGUCUGUAAAUCACCAACCUACAAUGUGUCACUGACUUGAAUCAGUCAUGUUGUCGGUGUGAGUGCACAGCUGGAGAUCCUUGGUGUUCACAGAGAUGCUGUCAAUAAUUGGUUCACAAUGACUUAAGGAUGCUUUGUUGCUUUUGAACUGGUACCGCCAAAAGGUUUCACUGUUUGCUGCUGCUCUUUUGUAUUUGUUGAGAUGUUUUCGUAGUCACACUAGCAGCGGAGGUGGUGGCGGUGGGGCUCGAUGGAUGGAGCGUCUGUCAUGUUCUGCUCAUCCAACAGGUCAAAUUGAGAUUUGAACACUUUAGUUUAUGACCAAAUACUUGCAAAACUAAUGACAUUCCUAUCAGCCUGAACUGUACUUAGGCUAAAAUGUUAACAUGACGAACAUGAUAAACAUUACACCUGAUAAACAUCAUCAUAUUAGCAUUGUCAUUGUAAACAUAUUAUCAUUUAGCUGAGUACAGCUUCACUGAGUCGCUGGCCUGGUUGUAGACUUUUGUCUUUUUUUUAAAAAUAUACUAUGUAUUUACUGUCUUAAAGGGUCGCCUUCAUAUCUGUACUUUUCCUGCUUUUUGUCACUGAGUUUGACAGAAGUAUCAGCCACACACCUUCAGCAUGGAGGAUGUUUUACCCAUAAAUAGAAAUGAGGAAAAACAAAGAAAAUGCACAAUUCAUUACCAAUUAAACUUCACCACCAUUUUGGUUGUUUUCCAUU